GCGGGGCGGCCCGGGACAGCGGCGGGUGGCGGGAAGGCGCCGCGAUGGCGGGCCGGCGCGGAGCCCUCAUCGUGCUGGAGGGCGUGGAUCGCGCGGGAAAGAGCACGCAGAGUCGCAAGCUGGUGGCCACGCUGUGCGCCUCGGGCCACCGUGCCGAGCUGCUCCGCUUCCCGGAAAGAUCAACUGAAAUUGGCAAACUUCUGAGUUCCUACUUGGAAAAGAAGAGCGAGGUGGAAGAUCACUCGGUGCACCUGCUUUUCUCCGCGAACCGCUGGGAGCAAGUGCCAUUAAUUAAGAAGAAGUUGAGCCAAGGCAUCACCCUCGUUGUUGACAGAUACGCAUUUUCUGGUGUCGCCUUCACCAGUGCCAAGGAGAAUUUUUCCCUGGACUGGUGCAAGCAGCCGGACGUGGGCCUCCCGAAGCCGGACCUCGUGGUGUUCCUUCAGUUACGGCUGGCAGAGGCCGCCACCCGGGGAGAGUUUGGCCGUGAACGCUAUGAGAAUGGGAACUUCCAGGAGCGGGCGCUGCGUCGCUUCCAUCAGCUGAUGGCGGAUGAGACCCUGAACUGGAAGAUGGUCGACGCCUCCAAAAGCAUCGAAGAUGUCCACAAGGAGAUCCACGCCCUCUCCGUGGACACCAUCCGGGCCGUCACGCAGAGGCCGCUGGGGGAGCUGUGGAAGUAGACGCGCAGCGCCCCUCGUCGGUGGCCCCUCGGGGCGGAGCUGCUGGGGAGGUGGGCGACCCGACGCCGUGCGCAUGCGUGGACCAGCGCCGGCAGCCGCAGGCCAGCCCGUCGUGAGGUGGCGGGGCGCGGAGACCCCGUGCGCGCAGUCUUCCUCCGCCCGCUUUUACCCCGAGAUCCCGGUAAAUUACUGUUUUCUCUUCCGGAGGGACCGCAUCCGCGCGGUUUCAUUGAAACGGCAGUCAGCUGAAACUCUCCUGAAUCUUUUCUAGGAACUAAUAAAAAUGAUUUGGGGAACGUC